AAGAUCAAAUGUGACAAGCAGAUCCCUUGUGCGAGUUGUCAGACGCUGGGUAUAGCUUGUCAAGCCGCUGUCACUCGAGCUGCUGAGCAUAGGCCUCGUAUUGUGGUGACCAGUCAGUAUGAGCGACAAAUUGCUCUGAUACAAGAACGACUGCAGGGCAUUGAGACCAGUCUCAAGCAGCUAUCGAAGGGCUCUGUUGUCUCGACCUCUCAGGUCAAACCUCUCGCGCCAGGAGUCAUUGAUUCGUCCGCUCCUUCAACCAAGUCCAUCUCUAUCUACGAAGGAGAAUCAUCCUUUAAUUGUCAAACAGCAAAGGCAGGUCAAGUCGCCGAUGUCACAGCAACAGCAGUCGCCGGAGCGCCCUCGAGCGAGUUGGCUAAUGCUCUCUCACUGCUGAAAGACAGCCUGAAGCGACACGAAGCUCUGUCGCGGACCCAUGAGACGCACCUCAGCACAAGAGUCAAGUAUGACUCUGUAGACCAGCAGGAACUUCCACCUGCCUCGCUUGUGAUCGCUUUGAUCAAGAUAGCAANNAAGGUAGGCGAUCUCAAGAUUGGACCGCGUUUAUCGCGUGCUAAUGUGCUGCGUACAGCACGUCCUUCUGUAUCAUUGGUCGCAUUCUCGUAUAGAGGAGUAGCACAGCUGGAGGCACUCUGCCAANAAGUCUACUUUCCGCUUGAACCACCUCCACCAGGCUCGAUGACCUUCUUCUAUGGUUUCUUGUAUUUUGUCAUUCGUGAUUAUUGGAGCCAGCAAGAUCCAGCGCUUCGCGAGUAUGACGCUCAAGCGAUCAUUGACCUCUGCGAGACGCGGUUCUGCGUCGGACUCGAGAAGUUCGAGACUCUUACUGUGCCAGUGAUACCCAACAUUCAAGCGUUGCUUCUAGGAGCGAUCAAGGCUCAGGAAGAAUGCAAAUUAUCCUUGAGCUGGACUUUCCUCUCUGCUGCAGCCACUAUGUGCCAUACACUCGGCUUCCACCGCAAAUCGUCACUUGCUCACGAAGAUCGGGAAUCUGCGGACAUCAAGCGACACUUGUUCUGGCAGCUGUAUAUGCUGGACAAGAAUCUGUCACUGAAUCUAGGCCGGGGAACAAAUUUUCCAGAUUCUGAUAUAGAUGCCGAGUUUUACACACCAUCAACAAAUCCAGCACAGAGACCGUGGGACUUGAUGUCGCUUGAUACUAUCCUGUUUGCGAGACUUCAGGGACAGGUGUAUGACAAGUUAUAUUCUGCCUCGGCCAUCGACUCAUCACUUGAAGAACGAAGUCGCGUGGUUGACGAGCUAUCGUCGCAGGUCAUUACACUUCGAAAUCAGCUUCUCUCAAUUGACUUUACUGGGGCUUACUAUCAGGAACGUCUGAUAGGGAUGGCACACUCUGCUGACUUUGUUUGCUACUCGGUACUGACAGUCAUCUACCGCGCUCAACCACUUACAAGCAGCACCACUGAGAUCAGUCCAAGAUGCUACGAAGCCGCGCGACUCGGCCUUGAGAACCAUCUCCGCUGCUUUGCUCAGUUCAGGGAUCGUUCGGUGCCGCAACAGGCAGAAUAUUUACUACAAGAAACAGUGCACUCCUUAGACCACAUCAAAUUUCUGUCUCCAGCAGCAAAGCGUUUACAUGAUGUCUGCGCCGCGUUCGCAAAAGUCGCUGCUGCAUUUAUAACUUCGCAGCGUACACUCAGCGGUUGGCAUUGUCGUGGCGAUGGCACUCUAUCGCUCGCAUCUGCGGAGACCAAUUACGAAGCUGGUUUGGCAGCUGUAGGACAAGACCAAGACGCGCUAUCGGCGUUCUUGUGCAGUCUUGCCGGACAGAAUCGACCCUUGACGGACUUCUUGCAUACGGAUUUGAUGGAUGCUGAUUUGGGCAUUGGAGAGUUUUUCCCUUCUACCCAA